AACCUUCGUUAUAGCUGCUAUUGUGAUAUCGAAGCUCCCAAUUGGACAACGUAGUCUCAGCUGAUCAUAAGUCAAUUUCCCUAGCACUUUAAUCGAAGUAUAAUCAGUACCUGUCAUCUGCCUGUCAUUCUUUGCCGGCUCUAAGACCAUGUGCUGUCAAAAUAACGCAUAUCGCGUUUUAGCGUUUUGUGGGUUAUUAAGAUAAUUAAUUAAUUGGUGCACUCAUAGAUUAACAGGCCCAAUGGAUGUAUCUUCCUUGAUAGAAGUGGUUAUAAAAACAGAGGACGGAAUGAAGAAGGAUCUUUAUUCUGAAGACAGUGAUGAUGAAGAUGAUAAUAAUGAAGAA